AUGGCUGCCCAGCAGAAGCCAAGAUUGGCGGGCGCACACGCCACACCACCCGCUGGCUGCAUGGAGGGCUUUGACAGGCUCUGCAAGGGCCUCUGGACACUACUUCGCCACCGCGUAGUGUCCUGCAACCAGGCAGCCAGAACGAUCGCCUCAUGGAUCCGCCCUGUGACCCGCAGACGCCAUUACAGAUACCCACUCCAAGUCAACAGGCCAUCUAAAUGGCCACGAAGGCGCCAAAAACCGUCAUGGCGGACCAUAGUACCAGGCUGCCGGAACCCACGCACUCGCACCUUUGCACACAGCGGCUGGAUCAACGAGACAUCCCUGCAGCCACACCACCUAUUCACAACUCUACGCCCGGAGAAGAUGGCUGAGCACCACGUGGCUGUACAGAAGGACGCCUCACACGGAAACACCACAGAUGGAACUAAUCCAGGGGGCCCCACUGGGCAACGAGCUUUAUAUGGACACA